UUUUAUAUGAUGUACAUUUUACACAGUGUCACGAUGUAAAGAAAUGAAGUUAAAAUAAAAUCUUCAUUUGAUACAUAGGUGCUACCAUUCCAAGCUAGUCUAAAUAGUUUAGGGAUAUUGAUCUGGAAUUUAUAAAGAACGGUAAUCAAAGAAUAUCAUGAUAUAUACGGUGAUUUACAAAUGGCCUAUAUUGUUAGCACUGAAAGUGUCAUUGCUAAUAUUUCUACUUAAUCAACAUACGGUUUGUGCAAGCAGUAUAUGUGACCAAAUAAAGCCGACAGCAGCAACAGGUCCAGCCUUUCCAUAUCUUCUUGAUGGAUUUCAAACAAAUGUUGAAGUAAACAUAAUAGACAAACAGAAGACAAUAUCUGCUAAAUGGUACUACGAUUACCCAGGUAACAGAGCUACAAUAACAUUGUUUGAACAUGGAAUAGAUGGACAACUUAUUUUCAACUUCAUAACAGAUGAGAUAUACGAAAUUUCAGGGAAUACGUGUACAACAAGUACGCUUUCUACAAGUGAUUAUGUACAAUGGUUUGGGAUGUAUAUGUCACAGGGAAAACCUCAUAUCAAUGAUACCCAAUCAGUUCUACAUUUCGGAAAACGGUUUGGAGAGGUUUACAUUGGCCAGGAGAACGUUCGCGGUAUAGUCGCCAACCACUGGAAAAGUUGUCUCAGCAUCCCAUCGUGGAAUAAUUUUACAAUAGACUACUAUUUCAGCGCAAGCAAUUGGUCUACCUCAUCAACAGUAUCGUCUGCUCCUCUGAAAGCGGAAGUCAAAGGUUAUAAAACGUUUGUCAAUGGGACUGUUUAUAAUAUGCACCAUGUCUAUGAUUACUUCAAUUACAAACCCGGAAGUGACGCCAUAGAUGAUACAGUAUUCCAGACACCUCCGAAUGUUUUCUGUCCGGGAAGAAAACAAGGGAAGCCAUUACCAACUUUACCGAAAAGAUUCUACUACAGAACAGAGAGAAUAUAUCCAGAUUUAUCAGCCAUUACAUUUGAAGAUACAUGGUAUGAUGGGUCAUUCCAAUUAUUCCGACGAGAUUAUCAUCCACUCAUACCUCUAUAUCCGAUAUAUACAAUGCACCCACUGACUGAGAUACAUGACUAUAAAACAGGUGUUCGAUAUGUGAUCGAUAAAUCUUACGGUAAUUGUACGACGACAUCAUUGUCCACCAAUUUAAUAGACACGUCCCUCAAUACUAACAAGUACAAUGGGUCAUUUAUAAUUGAUUUGAAAAAUCCCCUUCAGCUGUUUCAUUUAGACUGGAAUUACACUUACAUUGGACAGAAUCCAGUGAGGGGGAUACUGUGCGAUACCUACAUUGCCCAAACGAAGAACCUUACAAUCAACGGUUUUAUAAGCAACCAAAAUUGUACCAUCACUUUCUACUUUACAUCUAAAGAAUGGUCAAAUUUUCACGACUCUGAUAAAGGAAUGACAAGCACAUCUGUUCCUGUACAAAUGGAAAUCUAUGUUUACGAGAGAGACUUUAGUACCACUUUUAACUUUGUCGACUUCGACCCUAACCCGCCUAGUCUCGAUGUUUUUGAUAUCAGCAAAUGCUUUUUUGAAGCAAAUAAAAUCAGUUUUCAACUUAAGUUUCCAGGUACAUUGGUUGCAAAGGAGGUUCCAACAAUAAAAGAAUGGUCGCAUCUCAUUCUUGCUGAAAACAUGCAGGUUUCAAUACUGAGAAUUUCUAACAUCAAUAUAGAUUAUGAUGAUGCCAAUCUGUUUGUGAGUGCAACAUUAUUGGAUAAAACAGCAUAUUCUGCACAAUUUACAAAAAUCGUUGGCAAGGCAAUGGAAAGACGUGACGAUCAGAUAAUAUAUAACACAUCAAGUCCGGUAAAAUGUGCGAGUGAUUGUGUAAACAACCCGAGUUUUAUUUGUAAUAGUUUUGAUGUCUGCAGUGAUGAUUCAUCGUGUCAUCUCAGCAAGAUGCACAGUGAUGAUGGUGUUGUACUUAACACCGUUAAAACAUGCGACCAUUAUUCAAGAAACGUUGACGGCAUUCCACCAGAAAAGAGCAUUGCUGAUGCUUAUAAACGUCUGAGGACAAGUGUGUAUAAUAAUACUUUAGUAUUAAACAGAUUUGGUGAUAAAGUAUAUACGGCCGUUGAUGUAACAUUGACGUUUGGCUGGGUGACUCGUGACGUGAAUGUACCCGCCCAAUUGUCGGGCGCCUACAGCUACGACGUUGAGGUGUCAGUACCUGCAGAUGAGCACGUGUACACUAUAAAAGUACGUUAUGAUGACGGCUAUAAAAUGAUCCGUUAUGACCCACAUUAUGGACGCGCUAUAUACCCAUACUAUACUACCCAUCCCUUGUCUAUAGUAGAAGAUUACAAUACAGGUAUGAAAUACGUGACAGAUAAAGCAUAUCGUAACUGCACAGUAACUCAGAUUGGGGACUUUGAUUUUGGUGCAAAUAUGUCUCCGAAUCAGUCAGUUAAUUCAACAUACAAACUUUUCAUAAAAGACCCCUUACAACUAUUCCUUAUUGACGACUCGUACUUUUUUGUUGGUCAACAAACUGUCCGUGGAAUGGCAUGCAACGUAUUUGAAUCUUUACGGAAAGAUUAUAUCUUUAAUAACAAACCCGUAAAUGCAAUAUUCCGAUAUUCCUUUCUUUCUGAUGAUUGGAUGGAAAUCAGUGAUGGAUAUUUAGGAGGUGCAAUCGGUCAACCUGUUAGACUCGAAGUGACAGUCCUUCAGCCAACAUACUACAUGGAAUAUAAUUUCUACAACUUCGAUGUAGGACAUCCAGAUCUUUCUGUUUUUGACGUGCCACAUUGCUACAAAACACAAAAUACAAAGCAGUUUCAAAUCACUUUUCCAGGAAAAUAUGAAGAAUAUCUACGGACCAGUACUAAAAUAUUUCUGAUAGAAGCAACAUUCAAAAUGUCCAAGUUAUCUGGUGCAUCUAUACACAGAUUUCAACAAACACGUCUUGAUCAUGAUAAUGAUAAUAUAUAUCUAACAAGUUCUCUUGUUGAACAACCGAACAAAUUGUUAUAUUUCACCAGACUGAAGAGUGGAUAUGUUCCAGAACAUGUCGACAAAGUUGUAACUGUUCCCCAAAGUCCAAGCCAGUGUGCCGCUACGUGCUUUAGUAAUACAGAUUUCAUUUGUAACAGUUUUUAUGUAUGUACCUCCAGCAACCAGUGUUUGCUAAGCAUACAACAUGUACCGGAUGGUGCAAAUCAAGAACAUACAACAUGUAUUUCUUAUUCAAGAACCGUGGACCAAUCAACGACUGAAUCGACCAAUCUUAUAGCGUUUUUGAAUUUACAAAAUUCCAUCUUCCAGAAUAAUCUUACAAUGAAAAUUCCUAUACCUGGGACAGAAAAGAAUAAAGUUUUCCCUGCAAAAUAUAUCAAAGACGUUUUUCUAUCAGACAAACUUCACGAUAGUAAAGAUAAUGCUCUCCUUAGUUUCAACAUGUACUCACAGUCUACUGUCGUUCCUGAAGACAAUACGUUGUCGUACAUAGAUAUAAGUAGCUGUGCAAGCGCCUGUCUAACUCAGAAUUCGUUCCAGUGUGGAGGAUUCAGUUAUUGUGGAAACCAGUAUUUGUGUGUGAUUAGUAAAACACACCCUGAUUUGUUGGAUAGCAAAGAUAUACAAAGCAACCCGAAUUGUACAACAUACAACAGAAAUUAUAUAAAUGAAUAUGUUAAAAUAGAGGGCACAGUUUCAUUUGACAAGACAUCGAUACCUUUUGCAACACUAGAGACCGAUGAAAAGUGUGCCCAGUCAUGUACCAGUAACAUUGAAUGUAGAAUGUUUGAAUAUUGUACUAAUACAAGACAAUGUGUACAUUAUUUCGAGAGAACAUUUGGGCCACAGAAAAAUGUGACAUUUACAGCUUGUAAUCUCUUUAUGAGCAACUUCGACAAGGAUUUCCAGUCAAUAAACGCAGGGACAUAUACUUUUACGUCUGUAUUAUCAUUCCAAGGGGUAACCAAAAGUGACUGUGCAAAAAAGUGUGUUCAGUUACAGAACACUGAUUGUAAAGAGUUUUAUUACAAUGAUAAAGCAACAACUUGCUACCUCCCUGGUAGCAAUGGUAUUGUGACAACAGGUUCUGGAGAGUUCUGUGACAAAUAUAAAAGGAUAUUUUUCCCAUCAUCAAACACGAAACCUAAGACAUCUCGGACAUCUUCUACGAGUCAAAGCUCACUAGUUUCAUCCACACCAAAUAAAAAACCAACAGUGUCACAGAAAUCUAUGGUAACAAUGAAAUCUACAUCUACAAUUCAACCUACAGUUAAAUCAUCUAAAUCUAUGACAUCUACAAACAAUUUGCCUUGUUCGUCAUUACAACGUCAGACUAAUAAUGGGUCUAAAAAUUCUACAGGAACAACAGUUGGUAUUGGUGUUGGUACAUUUCUACUUGGGUUGUUGAUUGGAGCUGUUGGUGUAUUUUUAUUUAAAAGAUACUUUAAUAGAGCAGAUGAAUUAAAAACAAAUUUUAUUGAACACGAGGAAAUGUGACUUGCUGUGUUUUAGUAAAAAGAAAAUAAAACAAGUAAAAAAUGGCAUAACUUGGCAAAAGAUGUUCAUACCUCAGGACAAGCAAAAUCUCAAACAUC